CAUGCGUGCAAUUUGGAGCCUCUAUAUAAAAGUUCCUUCUCGUACUCAUCAACUGCCACAACACUCAGAGCUGAAUUAAUUUGCAGAGAGAAAAAAACAAAAAAAGAAUCCGCGAGAGAACUUUCUCCGGCUGAUUCACGCCAGCGACAAAUGGAAAAUCUACCAGAUUCAUUGUACGAGGACUACAGUAGACUCAAGCCGACUUGGUCCUCCGCUCCAUCUUUUGCUCCGGCGCCGGCCAACAUCGCAUCUCCGCCGAACAUUGAGAUGAUUCUCCAGUGGAUCACUGAUCUUCACAAUCCGAACCUGCUUAUCUCUAACUUUGCUCUGCAUAAUCUCACCAUUGAGGUCUUGGGAAUCUACCCAUACCUCUCGCGUCCAGCUUUUUUCUCUCAGCAAGGUGUGCAUCGUCGAGUGUACAACAUUUUGCUUUUGUUCCAGUGCAUUGCUGAUCACCCGGAGACAAGAGCCGGUUUCCUUAGGGCUGCCAUGCCACAGUAUUUCUAUCCUUUGAUGGACAUUGGUUACGUCGGAAAGCCUCUUGAAUCCGUAAGGGUUGCUGCAUUGGGUGUCAUUGCUCAUUUGUUGAAGGAGCCUGUAGACGAAGCUUCUACUCGUUACCUUAUGAAGACAGGUGCUUUACAGUAUUGCACUAAACCCAUUGAGAUUGGCUCUACAGAGUCGAAAACUCUUGCUGUGUUCAUAAUGAACAAGAUCCUGUCGACUGAGGAGGGGAUUAAGUACUGCUGCGUCUUGCCUGAUCGGUUUUUCGCCAUUGACGGUCUGCUCAAAAAGCUGCUUGUUUACCUUUCCUCCAUGGCUAAACCUUCCUCCAGCAUGCUCAAUCUAAUUGUUUCUUGCUACGUCAGUCUCUCUCAGAGAUCCAGGGCUCGUGAUGGAAUAAGGCACAGCCUUCCUUUCAUGCUGUUCGACGGGACCUUCGCUCGUUUACUUGCGGAGGACCCGAUCACUGAAAACUACCGGAUGCAGCUGAUUCAGAUUCUGAAUAGCUAAGCUAUGAAGUUGCAGUAAACACAUGUCUUUUUCAAAGAAGAAAUGAAAAAAACAGAACGAAACAAUGCCAUAAAGACUUUAUUACUACGGCAUAACGCUAAGUAAUAACUAAUAAGGCAGAAACCGUUUGUUGUUGUUUGGUUUAAUCUCUUUCGGAUGACUCUUAAUACUCUCUUUCAAUAUUUUUCUCUCUUUUGGAAUACAUUUUGAACCCAUUUUCCAUCUCUUUGUCAUUUCCC